AUGAAGGAUACAUUUAAUAUAAAAGGCGUGGACUCAAUCAUUGGAUUGUCCGCUCUGGCAUUCAAGCCCGCGCAAGCAAAUGCCCCGCUAGUAGACCUGCUGCAGUCUCUGGGCGCGGUUGUGAUCGCCAAAACAAACGUACCACAAACACUCGCAACAUUGGACAGUUGCAACCACCUUUUCGGGCGCACGCUGAACCCUCUCAACCGUAAAUGGACUGCUGGUGGAAGCACUGGCGGGGAGGGUGCGUUGAUCGCCAUAUGCGGGUCCAUGGUCGGCUUUGGCACAGAUAUCGGCGGUAGCAUCCGCGUACCAGCCAUGGGCCAGGGUAUCUACGGGUUCAAGCCGAGUGGCGGACGCGUGCCAUUUGGGGCUCGCUCUGUUGCGGAUAUCAACGCCAUCAUGGCGGAGAUCGUGCCUCGCGUGGAGCUGUUUGGCGAAGAUUGCAUUCCGGGCUCAUGGUCGUCACAAUCGAUGCCGCUUUCUCUCACUCCACCGCACAAUUUCACUAUCGGUGUUCUCAAGACAGAUGGUCUCGUUACACCUCUACCCCCGAUCACCCGAAUCUUGAACGAAGUCGCCGACAACCUCCGCCGUACACCCGGCGUCGAGGUCGUUGAUACCCCACUUCCGCCGGUCGUACCUAAAUGCCAAGCCCUCGCUGGCCGACUCAUGGGCGUCGACGAUGUGUCCCACAUGCUUGACCUUAUCGACAGCAUGGGCGAGGACCUCAUUCCGUGGCUGCAGGGCCGAAUGAAGCGCGGCAAAGCCUUGACGGUGGUUCAACUAGCGACGCUGCAGGCUCAACGUGCCGAAGUUGAGAAGGAGAUGAUGAAGAUGUGGACGUUGUCAUCACAGGGUUCGUCUGCUCCCCGACGCGUUGACGCCAUAAUUUGCCCUGUGGCGCCACACCCGGUCCCGGAGAUCGAUCGCUACAACGCCGUCGGGUACACAUCUACCUUUGUGUUAUUAGAUUACCUGGCUAGCUCGGUUCCUGUCCGCUCAUUCACAGAAUCUGAUCUUGAGACUGGACGGGAAAUGGAAGCACCUGUAUUGGGAAGUUGGGAUAAGGCUAAUCGGCAGCUGUGGGCUGAAAAAACGGCUGACCGUCGGGUCUACCUUGGGUCACCUCUAAGUGUGCAGGUCGUCACUCCGAAGCAACACGAUUAUCAAAUUUUCCAGGCAAUGGAGAUCGUUGAUCGGGCCGUGCAGGGCCGCGCAGGCCCCACCGGUGCGAAGCUAUAG